AUGGCUUCCCAGAGCCCGCACCGGCGCCGGAUGGGCGCUUCCCAUAGCCCGCACCGGCGCCGGAUGAGCGCUUCUCAGAGCCCGCACCGGCGAGUGGGCGCUUCCCAGAGCCCGCACUGGCGGGUGGGCGCUUCUCAGAGCCCGCACCGGCGCAUUCUUGUCGCGUCGGCGCUUCUCGCGCUGCUCCUCUUCUCUCCGCCCGUUCCCGCGCGUGCCGUUGGCGCCGCCGAACACGGCGGACACGACGGCGGGGAUCACGGGAUGGACUCGCAAGGCACAUUAACGUCGCGGGACGUGUCGAUUAGCAAAAAACGCGUGUUGCGGAAGAAGCUGAAGAAAUUUGUGGAUCCGCUGCCCGUUCCGCCGGUCGUCAACGCGGACCGGCUUUCAAAAGACUUCAGCCGAGCCGCUGCUCUCACCAUCACUGCGUUUAGCGUGAAACGGAGAUUCCACCGCGACCUGCCCCUAACCCGCGUGUACGCAUUCGGGCUCACGCGCAAGUCGGCCAGCGUGCCCGGGCCGACGAUCGUGGCGCGCGUCGGAGCUCCGCUGCACGUGACGUGGCAAAACAACAUCACGGACGAGCAGCAUAUCAUGCCCGUCGAUUACACGCUGAUGGCUCCUAAGCUCGAGAAGGGGGGCGUUCCUAUCACUGUCCAUGUGCAUGGUGCGCAGGUCUCGAGCUCCUACGACGGCCACCCUGAGGCUUGGUACACGCACUGGGGAGAGAAAGGUCCCGAGUUCGAAUCCAGCCAUCACCAUUAUCCCAACAUGCAGCCGCCCAGCACCCUGUGGUACCACGACCACACCUUGGGAAUGACGCGGCUCAACAUUGUUGCAGGGCUUUUUGGCGCGUACAUUCUGUCCAAUCCACAUGCAGAGAAAGAUUUUAACCUGCCCGUGGGCAGGUUCGACGUGCCGCUGCUGAUCCAGGAUAGGUCGUUUCUGUGGAACGGGCACACGUUUAUGGAAGGGAAGGGCGUGACGAAAUCGCAUCCUGAGUGGGUUCCCGAGUACUUCGGGAAUUUCAUGACUGUAAAUGGAAAGGUGACUCCCUACAUGGCAGUCCAGCGCCGCAAGUACCGCUUCCGUCUCGUCAACGGCUGUAACGCUCGAUUCCUAGAACUCGCCCUCCGGGCCUCGCCCCCUGUUUCCAACGGCAGCAGCAGCAGCACUGCCAGCAGCACCAGGACCAUCACCUUUCCCUUCCUCCAGAUUGCCUCAGAAGCCGGAUAUCUCAACCACCCCGUGUUUCACCGCAGAAUCACCCUUGCUCCCGGGGAACGCGCGUGUAUCAUUGUGGAUUUCACUCAGCUGCCUUCAGGGGUGACAAUUCGGCUGAAAAACCGCGCUCCUGCGCCGUAUCCCGGGGGUGAUUUACCCACGGGGGAUCUACAGUACGUCAUGCAGUUCAACGUGGAGGGUGACCCCGUUGCAGACCCCUCUACAGUGCCGGGAAUGCUGAACUCUAUCCCGCAUCUCAACCUCGAAAACAUCGCCGCGACAAGGGAAAUCACCCUUACAGAAACGGAGGACAAGGAGAGUGGCAAUCCUUUAAUGGGGAUGAUCGAAAUGAAGCACUACAGUGAGAAAGUCGACAUAAAACCAACAUACGGGACUCGAGAGCUCUGGUACCUAAUCAACCUUACAGGAGACACACACCCAAUCCACAUCCACUUCUCCCCACACCGAAUCCUCUUCCGCCGCCCGUUUAACGAAGAGCACUACCAGGAGAAUAAAUGCAGUAUAUCUGAUGGGAGCUGUUACACUGGACCAGCAAUUUCUCCAAGGAAGAAUGAGAGGGGAAUGAAGGACACGACAAGGGCCCCUCCGGGGUAUGUGACUGCGCUGGUGGUGGAUUUCUUGCCGUGGAUGGGGAAGGAGCUGAGCUUUGAUCCCACUAAGGGUCCGGGGUACAUGAUUCACUGCCACAUCUUGGACCACGAGGACAAUGACAUGAUGCGCCCGUUCAAGAUUCUGCCUGCCAAGUAG